UUCAUCACUGACAGACCAUCUCACUUAGGCUACUGGUGCUAUAUUGAACAAACACCAGCAAUCCGCUUCCCUGGCGGUCUUUUUAUAGCGUUCACGUUUGAUUGAGGAUCAUCUGAAGAGCUGACCGCAGAGAGAGCCCAUUGGUGCGUCAGGGGACAAGGGCGCAUCAAGUGAUUGGUGAGCCGAGCUCAGGAAUAGUGGCACUUGAGUUCACAACAAGCACAGGCAGCACAUCAGAGAGAGAGAGCCUACCAACAUGCUUCACACAGAGCGAGCAGGAUGAUUUUCUAUCACGAAUAUGGACUUAUUGCGAUCUACUAGGUUUCAUUCACUUGCUUUCGCCUUGGUCAUCUAUGGCGCACUAACCAUAGGGAUAGAUGGUGCAUCCCCUCUGAAAGCGAGGUCGGCGGGCCCGUUAACGGACCAGUGUUUUCCCAACCCCUGCUACAACCGGGCCAUCUGCCGUAGCCGUGGUGACGGUUACUCUUGUUUCUGCGUGCCGGGGUUCCAGGGAGAGCGCUGCCAGAUCGAGGUGAACGAGUGUGUGUCGCAGCCCUGCAGGAACAGAGCCACCUGCGUAGACAGGGUGGGCAGGUACGCCUGCCUCUGCAGCCCGGGGUUCACAGGUGCCACCUGUGAGGUCCAGAUUAACGAGUGUCAAUCACAGCCCUGCCUCAACGGCGGGAGUUGUCAUGACUACGUCAACGGCUUCUCAUGCACCUGCAUGCCCGGUUUCCAGGGCGACCGCUGUGAAAUUGACGUUGACGAGUGCCAUCACCAGCCAUGCCAAAACGGGGCCCUGUGUAUUGAUAGGUUGAAUGGGUACAGCUGCGACUGCUCUCAGACCACCUUCACUGGGCGACACUGUGAAACUGCUGCUCCUCCAUGCACGUCCCAGCCAUGCCUCAACGGCGCCAUCUGUGUGGAGGACGAGGGGAACUACACCUGUGACUGCUGGCCAGGGUUCAAGGGUCGUCAGUGUGAGGUGGAUGUGAGUGAGUGCAGCAGCAACCCCUGUCUGUACAGGGGACACUGUAUAGAGCUGUCCUGGCAGAGCCUGUAUGGUUCAGAGCCUCUGCUUCCAGACCACUACGACCCACAGCAAGCUGCAGGCUUCAUAUGCAGCUGCCCACCAGGAACCACAGGUACUCUUUGUGAGGAGGUAGUGGACACGUGUGACCUCAGCCCUUGUGAGAAUGGGGGUCAGUGUGAGAGCCUUGUGGGGGGCUAUGUGUGCCACUGCUCUCCGCAGAACCAAGAUGAGUUCCUGUACGGGGGACAGAACUGCAGCGAGGCUAUGGUGGGCUGUGAGGGCCACGAGUGUCAGAACCAGGGCUCGUGUUCCCCCUUCCUGAGCGACGGACAUCAUGGCUACUCCUGCCUCUGCCCCCCGGGCCUCACCGGGCCUCUCUGCCAGACCCCCACAGCCUUCUCCUUCGAGCAGAAAGGCUAUUUGCUGUUGCAGAGCCCACUGCUGGCCGCGGAGGCCUCAUGCAACAUCACCCUGAGCUUCCGGACAGUGCUGCCCAGGGCCGUGCUCUUCCAGCGGAGCAGUGGAGGGCUGGUCCUGGGUCUGGAGCUACUGGGGGGCCAGCUGAUACUCAGCCUGAGGAGGGAGGCCUUGGCUGGGGGUGGGGAAGAGGGAGAGGCCCUGCAGCUUAGGCAGACCCUGGAGCUCCCCCUUAACGUGACUGAUGGGGAGUGGCACUCUGUGAAGGCCGUGCUGGAGGACGAUCUGCUCAGCCUCAGGCUCCUGGAUGGUGGGGUCUGUCAGGAGCAGGACUGUGAGAGCGAAGCCCGGGUCAAUGGCACCCUGGCUGGGGCGGAUCUUCGAGAGUCUCCCCUCCAGAACACUGUCAUUGGCGGGGUGGUGGAGACAGGCGGCGCCCUGGUCCCAGUCCCGGCCUUCAUUGGCUGUCUGCGGGACGUGUUUGUGGACUCCCAGCUGGUGGUUCCGGAGGAGUGGCUGAGCGACUCGGCAUUGAACGUGACUGCAGGCUGCAGCCACAGGGACCGAUGCCAGGACAGCCCCUGUGAGAACAGAGGACAGUGCAUCAACCUGUGGCAGAGCUACCAGUGCCGGUGCCCCCGGCCAUACGAAGGUCACGACUGUGCUGAGGAGUAUGUGACGGCUCGCUUCGGCAGUGAGGACUCUCAGAGCUAUGCCGUCUUCACCAUCACAGACGACCCAGGAAGUGACAUCACUGUCUCCCUCUUCCUGCGCACACGUCGCCACGCUGGCCUCUUAUUGGUGCUCGUCAACAGCACCAGCCAAUACCUGCGCCUGUGGCUGGACAAGGGACGGGUCAGAGUUCAGCUCCAUAACUUUGAAACCUUGACCAGUGAGAGUGCAGUCAACGACGGAGACAUCCACUUUGUGAGCAUGGUGGUUGACCGUGAGCAUAUGGUCCUGUAUAUAGCCAACCAGAAGCAGGGCUCGGUGGAGGUCAGGACGCUGGACAGUCAAAUGGGAGAUGUCGUGUAUGUUGGGGGUCUGGCGGAGCAGAAGGCGUCAGCAGCGUUCGGGGGCUACUUUAAAGGCUGUAUACAGGACCUGAGGAUCAACGGAGAGAGACUGCAAUUCUUCAGGCUGGACACCCCGGUGACGUCAUAUCCUGUCGAACUCAUGGCUAACGUCACAGCGGGCUGCACUGGGGAUGACUCCUGUAGUAGGAACCUGUGUCAGAACGGAGGGAUGUGCUACUCCAUGUGGGACGACUUCACUUGCACCUGCCCCCCCAACACUGCAGGGCGGCGCUGUGAGGAGGUCAAGUGGUGUGAGCUGUCACCCUGCCCCGCACGGGCAGAGUGUAAAAUCCUCAGCCAGGGAUACGAGUGCUUUUCCAACGCCACUUUCCUUGACGACAGCAGUGUGCUGUCUUACCGCGGUAACGGCCGUAUCCAACGCAGCCUGGCCAGCAUCUCCCUCAGCAUGCGCACCCGUAAACGCCACGCCGCCAUCUUGCACGCUGAGAGUGGGCCGGAGUUUGUGACGGUGUCUGUGCAGGAUGGCCUUCUCUUCCUUGAGCUCCAGAGCGGGGUGGGGGAGGGUUCCUCCACAGUGUCCCUCAGCAGUCGGAGGAGGGUCAGUGACGGGGAGUGGCACAGCAUCCACCUCUUCAUGGUCACCCCCUGGGCAGAGGCAUCCCGCUGGACCAUGGUGCUGGAUGAGGAGGCGGAGGAGGCAGGGACCUCCAGCAGCGAAGGGGGCAACCUGGACUUCCUCAGGGAGGAGGUGGACAUCCUGCUGGGGGGGCUGGGGCCCGAGGCUGGCUGGAGCCUAGUGGGGUGCCUGGGCACCGUGGAGGUGGGGGGCAUCGCCCUGCCUUACUAUAGCCCUUCAGAGGUCAACCUUCCCCGGACUCAGGAGGAGCAGUUCCUGCGGACAUCCCCCAGCCCACCCAGGGGCGGGUGCAGUGGAGGCCCGGUGUGCCAGCCCAGCCCAUGUGUGAACAGAGGCAGCUGCCAGGACCUCUGGAACCUGUUCAACUGUAGCUGUGACGAGGGCUGGGCCGGACGCCGUUGUGAGCUCAACACAGACACCUGCGCCUCCAACCCCUGUAUCCAUGGCAACUGUAGCGUUCAGGGGCUGGCAUUCAAGUGUUCCUGUGAGUUUGGCUACACUGGUAUGAACUGUGAGGAGGAGGUGGAUGUGUGUGAGAACCAUCUAUGUGCUCAUGGAGGGACGUGUCUACAUGGAGUGAACAAGUACGCCUGUCUGUGUGCUGAGAACUACACCGGACCUUACUGCAAUGAUCGCGUUGAGGAAAUUCCAUGGUACAUAGUAGUCAACAGGAAUGUUCGGCCCAAGCUGCCAGUGUCUGUCUGUGGAGAUGAAACCAGAAACUACACCUGCUUCAACUCAGGGAACUGCACCGAGAGAGAGCUGUCCUGUGACUGUCUACCCGGCUUCACAGGGCACCGCUGUGAGCAGGAGGUGGAUGAGUGCAAGUCCAACCCCUGUCUGAAUGGGGGCUACUGCCGAAACCUCAUCAACAAGUACCACUGUGUGUGUGACAUGAGUUUCGCCGGGGACAAUUGCCAGAUCGACUUAACCUCUGAAGGGCUGACCACUGACCUAUUGCUGUCGGUCAGUCUGGUGUCAGUGGUGCUGCUACUGGCCCUGGUCAGUACCUCUGUGGGUCUGGUGGUGGCUCUGAACCGUAGGGCCACCCAUGGAACCUACAGCCCCAGCCGACAGGAGAAGGAGGGAUCCCGCGUAGAGAUGUGGAACAUAGCCCAGCCGCCGCCCGUGGAGAGACUCAUAUAAAACAUGGUCCAGUUUCAAACCCACCACUCACUGCUGUCCCAACACUGUUCCAUGGAAACAUAUUGAGACACAACUCACUGGCCUGGGCCCAGUUUCAAACCCACCACUGACCCAACACAGGCUGAAUCUCAAACCGAACACUUGGCCCUUGAGCCCUUUAUCAAGUGAUCCAGCCACACUGACUGUCCUGGGCCCAGUUCCAAACCCACUACUCAACACAAUGGAGAGACUCAUAGAGGAGACUUUAUCCCAAUAUCAUUGCUGGGGUAAUAUAAUACUAUGUGCCAUUUAGCAGACACUUUUAUCCACGUUUUACGUAUGUGUGGUACCGGGAACCGAACCCACUAUCCUGGUGUUGCAAGCACCAUGCUCUACCAACUGAGAUACAGAGGUCCUUCCUGACCUGAUCUUUUGAGUUUAUUUUUUGAGUUUAUUUUUAUUUUUACAGGGACAGUGCACAUUAAUCAACAUUUCAGUAAAAGGGCCGGUUUUAGCCAACCG